UCCGACCAUGUUCUACAUGAAGCCUAGUAGAACCAUAAACCAGUACUUUCUCACUUUUCAUCAUCCUUCUUCUCUACUGAAAUUUGGAAGGUCACAGUUAAUUCUCUUCUCCACCUGGUACUCUCCACCACCACAAUCACACCAACACCAUCACAAUCCAAUUCUCACAACUAUAUCUCAAGCUAUAAAGGACACACCAUCAAAACCUCUCAACUCUUCCCUUAAAAAACUCAUUCCUUCACUCACAGCUCAUCACAUCACUGAUCUGAUCACACAAAACCCAUUCUCAUUAGACCCAUUUCCACUACUCUCUUUCUUCAAAUGGGUUUCCAUUCAAAAGGGUUUCCGUCACACCAUUGCUUCAUAUUGUGCAAUGACUAAUCUCCUCUGUACACACAAUAUACUCAGUGAAGCUCAAUCUCUUUUCAGUUUCAUUAUCUCUAGAAAAGGAAAAGACUCAGUUUCAUCGUUAUUCACUGCAAUUCUUGAUAACAGAGGUCCACAUCAAAAUGAUUUAGUAUUUGAUGUUUUGAUGAAUGCCUAUAUUGAUUCUGGUUUUGUAUCAGAUGCAAUUCGGUGUUUUCGAUUAGUUAAAAUGAAUGGGUUCCGAGUUCCUUAUCAUUCUUGUGGCAACCUUCUCGAUAAAUUAAUGAAGUCGGAGUCACCUGAAGUGGCUUGGGGGUUUUAUGUUGAGAUUUUAGAUGCUGGAUUUCAACCAAAUAUCUACACUUUAAAUAUCUUCAUGCAUAGGUUCUGUAAAGAGAGAAGAAUUCAAGAAGCCCGGAAAGUGUUUGAUGAAAUUACUAUCAGAGGUUUGAAACCGAGUGUUGUUAGUUUCAAUACGCUGACUAAUGGGUACUGUAAGAUAGGGAAUUUGGAGGAGUGUUUUAAAUUGAAAAGAGUAAUGUCAGAAAGAAGAGUGUCUCCUGAUGUCAUUACUUACAGUGUUUUGAUUGAUGGGUUGUGCAAAGAUAAUCGAAUGGAGGAGGCGAAUCAAAUGUUAGACGAAAUGUGUGUAAGAGGAUUGGUUCCUAAUGAUGUUACUUACACUACUUUAAUCGGUGGGCACUGCAAACAACAUAAUAUUGAGAUAGCAAUGGAUAUGUACAGGGAAAUGUUGAUUAAGGGCGUCAAACCUGAUUUAAUUACUUACAAUACACUUAUUAAUGGACUCUGUAGAGUAGGUGAUUUAGGAAGAGCAAUGAAGAUUAUUGACGAGAUGAAGGAUAAGAACAUGAAGCCUGAUAAGAUCACGUAUACCACACUUAUUGAUGGAUAUUGUAAGGAAGGGUAUCUGGAAUCUGCUCUUGAGAUUAAAAAGGAAAUGAUUAGGGAAGGAAUAGAGCUUGAUAAUGUUGCUUACACAGCACUAGUUUCGGGCUUUUGCAAGGAAGAAAGAGUGGAAGAUGCGGAGCUGACUUUAAAGGAGAUGUUAAGUACAGGUCUGAGACCAGAUGAAGCAACAUAUGCUAUGGUGAUACACGGGUUCUGCAAGAAAGGUGAUUCUCAAAUGGGUUCCAAACAGCUCAAUGAGUUGCAGAGUAGUGGCCAUGUCCCAGGUGUUGCAAUUUUUAAUGUUGUUAUGAACGGACUCUGUAAGCAAGGGCAGAUGAAAAAAGCUAGGAUGCUUCUGGAUGAUAUGCAUAAUUUGGGAGUAGUGCCAGAUGACAUAACUUACAAUAUUCUUCUGGAAGGGCAUUGCAACUAUGGAGGAGACUGGAUGGAUAUCGAUAAACUGCAAAGUGAGAAGGGACACAUUUCUGAUAUUGCUGCCUACACUUCUCUGAUCAGCAUAUCCCAGAAGAAUUCUAAAACUGGGUUAACGACAAAUUGGCCACACAGGACAACGAAUGUUGAGAUGAAUCACGUGAGUCAGAUUUUAGAUUCCUUAUCCGUCUGAGACGAGACAACUGUAUCUCGCUUGGUAUAAGUUUGUAGGCGCAAUCAUCAGCUGUUUCAGCCUUUGAUAGCAUGACACCCCACAGGGAGAUGAUGGAUUGUUUGCUUACACAGGUAGGUUCAAGCAACGGGAAAGGGUGCAUCCAAUAUUUUGCACAACAAGAAUUAUAACAAGUGAAAAUAUUCUUGAGAUUAUAACUUAGACGGAUAGCAGCACCUUCUAAUGAGCUAUAUCUUAGACCUGUGAAUCACCAUCAGUGUUUACUUCAACCACCAGCGAACACCAUCCCAGCACCGCUCCAAUUACCAGUACCCCCAAACCACCACCACCACUGCCCAACCACCACCACAUAGGCUGCCAAACAAUGAUGAGUUAUGAGCAUAAUUCAAAUGGUGAAAUAUGGUAAAAAAAAUAUUCUUUAUGGGUAUAGUUUUAUCAUAUUGAGUCAACAGUGUAACCUCUUCCAUCAACUUUUCUUCCACACCAGAUCUUCAAUGUGGAACAGGGCUUACAAGUGACGUUUGUCUGUCAAAGACUGGAAGUUGAGGAAUCAGAAAUACUACGGAAACAAGUUCAGUAGAAUUUUACUUGGUCUUUCAAGCUAGUUUGGUAUCAUUUUUUGGAUUGUUGGCGUAAAAAAAUUGGGUUGAUUUGAUCAUCUCUGUGGGAAUUGUUAACUGUGCGACAACUGCUUUCCGUGUUUUUAAGAGUCCAGUUUCAGUUCUACUCCAGUAGUUUAAUCAAGAGGCCUUUAGAUGCAAGUAGUGUGUGGAGCACUGGAGCUGAUGAAUGUCAUGUAUAACGGAAAUCAAUGAAGAAAUCACAUCUUUUAGUUCA